UUACACCAAUCACAGGCAGGACUGAGUCAAGGUUGGUUUGUGUGCAGAAGAGAGGAACUGCUGCUGUCACUGGAAAGCCCAGUUGUCCAUCCAGCACCAUGGGAAAGAAGAGUCGAGUGAAGACUCAGAAGUCGGGCUCAGGGGCCAGCGCUGUGGUUUCCCCCAAAGAGAUGAUGAACCUCAUCUCUGAACUGCUGCAGAAGUGCAGCAGUACAGCACCCUCUGCUGGUAAAGAGUGGGAAGAGUACAUCCAGAUCAGAGGCUUAGUGGAAAAGAUCCGCAAGAAACAGAAAGGUCUGUCAGUAGUGUUUGAGGGCAGCAGAGAGGACUAUUUCUCAGACCUGAUGUCCUGGGCUCAGGAAAGCGGGGCUUCCUGUGACGGCUUCACUGUGACCGACUUUGGUACGGAGGGCUACGGUCUGCGGGCCACCAGAGACAUCAAGGCAGAGGAACUAUUCCUGUGGAUUCCCAGGAAGAUGCUGAUGACAGUGGAGUCGGCCCAGAACUCUGUGCUGGGUCCUCUGUACAGCCAGGACCGGAUCCUGCAGGCCAUGGGCAACGUGACGCUGGCCCUCCACCUGCUGUGCGAGCGAGCUGACCCUGCUUCAUCCUGGCUGCCGUACAUCCGCAGUCUUCCUCAGGAGUAUGACACGCCGCUGUACUACCAGCAGGACGAGGUACAGCAGCUGCUGGGCACACAGGCAGUGCAGGACGUCCUGAGCCAGUAUAAGAACACUGCACGCCAGUACGCAUACUUCUACAAGCUGGUACAGACUCAUCCUGCCGCCAGCAAACUGGCCCUGAAGGACAGCUUCACAUUUGAUGACUACAGGUGGGCGGUGUCCUCGGUGAUGACCCGUCAGAACCAGAUCCCCACUGAGGACGGCAGCCGGGUCACUCUGGCCCUCAUCCCCCUGUGGGACAUGUGUAACCACACUAAUGGACUGAUCACCACCGGCUACAACCUGGAGGAUGAUCGCUGUGAAUGUGUGGCGCUGCAGGACUACAAGGAGAACGAACAGAUCUACAUCUUCUAUGGCACAAGAUCCAAUGCUGAGUUCGUCAUCCACAACGGUUUCUUCUUCCAGGACAACGCCCACGACAGAGUCAAGAUCAAGCUAGGGGUCAGCAAGAGCGAACGCCUCUAUGCCAUGAAGGCCGAAGUGUUGGCACGAGCCGGCAUCCCAGCGUCCUGUGUCUUUGCUUUGCAUUGUAAUGAACCCCCCAUUUCAGCCCAGCUCUUGGCCUUCCUCAGAGUCUUCUGCAUGACAGAGGAGGAGCUGAAGGACUACCUGCUUGGAGAUCGUGCCAUUAAUAAGAUCUUCACCCUGGGCAACAGUGAGUUCCCCGUCAGCUGGGACAAUGAGAUCAAGUUGUGGACUUUCCUGGAGACCCGAGCUGCUCUGUUGCUCAAGACCUACAAGACCACAUCAGAGGAGGACCGUUCCAUGCUGGAGAAACCGGAUGUCUCUGUGCACUCUCGUGUGGCCAUCCAGCUCCGCCUGGCUGAGAAGCAGAUCCUGGAGAAGGCGUCAGCCAGCGGACGGGCCAAACGUCUGCAUUUCCAGAAGAAGCUGGAGGAGGGCGCGUCGUUGCCUCGCUAUGAGGAAAGUGAUAUCGCUUUGCUGGAGAAUACUGACGCAGAUGCAAAGCUUCCCAUUAUCCUGCACAAGCUGGAGGAGGUGGAGGAAGGCCAGGAGAUCCAGGUGGAGGAGCACAGUCACCUUCUGAAUGGGGAGAAGGUCGUGUACGGGAUGGAGGCUAAUGGAGAGCCAGUGCAGGUGGAGACCAAGGCGAAGGUCAGCAAAGAUGUUCAAUCAGCUUUGGACUCGAAUGGAAGUUCAACCCAGAAAGGCCAAAGGGACGUGGCCGAGCGAACUGAGGAGAAUCCCAAAGAGAAUGGUGAAUAAAUAUAUUCCAAGUGCAGCGACAGCCCAUGCUAUUUAUUUAUUUUUGUGUCUCUUAAAUGACUCAGAAAUAUAGAAGCAGAAAAAAAAGAAAAUAGAAAGUUGCAGAACUUUUUGAACUGUGUGGUCAUCCAGCGUGGCUUUUAGUUGUCUGCUGCUGAACUUAAAUACUGCAAGUCUGUCCCUCAGCCUUCUGUGCAGAACAGGUUCAUAUUAAUAUUAGCUUUUGUUUCAGUUUGAAAUGUAGGUUUCUCUUCAAAGUGUUUGUGGCCUACAGCUUAGGGAGAGCGGGAGUGGGAGGGGUGCAGAACAGGUCCCAGCAGAGAGUUAGAAGUUGAAGAGAAGAAAAACCAAAAUGGAGUUAGGUGAAUGUUAUUUCCAUGAAGCCAAAACCUCUGGAAUCCUGUGAUCGGUUGGUUUAUUGCUGCAGUUUAUUUUAUGUGUGUCCAGUAUGUUUUGAGUUGACAAUCUUAUUGUAUUCUAGUAUUUUGGGUUGUGCUGCUGAGUUAAGACCAUCACGGACCUCUGUUCCCUUUUUUCUGCUUCAAGCUGAACAACUGAAGGAAACAGAAACUGCUCUCAUAGCCUCUAAGACUAACACUUUGUUUUUGACAGGCCAAAAUGGAAGAUGCUUUUUUGCUUUCUCAGUGACACGUUUGAUCUCUACUGUCAAAUUGCACAUUUUCAGUCAUUACGUAGCUGCAGCCCUUCACAAACAAAAUCAUUUUGUUUCCUUUUGUGUUCUAAAAGUAUCUUUAUGAAUGUAGUGAGUUCGUGUUAGAGGGAGCGUCUGUGGACAUCACUUAAAGGGACUGAUGUGUGGCUCAGCGGCCAAUGGUGUUGCCCCUGACAAAGACAGGGACUUGGUGAGACACAGUGAGGUGUAUUUUUGUUUGACCGCCUUAAAACGAAUUUCAAGAUGACACUUUUUGUAUGAAAAAAAGGAAGCACUGUCAGGAGGUUGUUACUGUCUUUUGGUUGGUGUUAACUGCAGAGGUGGCCUCAGUCACUCUUGACUGUGCAAUGAUUCAAAGACCCACAGUGGAGCUACUUUGUGCCUCAACACAGGAACACAGUUUGUAUGUUUUUGACUAAAUAUUCACAACACAUCACAACACCUGCCUACUGGUUUAUUUCUGAACUUUCCGUCACAUUUCAUCUUCAUCAGAACAUGUAGUGGUUGGCUAAAGUGUUGUCAUGUGACCCGAGUAUGGAACCUGGUCAGGUGAUAACAAGUGGUAAUAUAUGGGGCUGCCUCCUGAAAGCUGAUCAUUGAAGUAUCGGUGGUUACCCCUCGAGUCGACUCACGUUGUGUCAGUGGAAUCACGGAGACAGAGUGACCGGUUUCAGCUGGUUCUGGUCUUUGUUCAGACAUGCUCAGCUGAAACUUAGUGAAACUAAGGAACCCGCUUUUAAACCACACACGUCUUGACUUCGCAAUGUAUUUGACAUUAGAUGUUACGGUGGCCGACAAGGGCAAAAAUGCUGCCAAGGCCCAAAACACUUCCAUUAGGAGAAACAAGCUGCAAAUACAGAAGCGAUGCAGAUUCAAAAACACAUGCAAAAAUACGAAACAAAUACAAGAACAGAAACAUGCUGAAAAUGAAAAAAACGUGCUGCAGGAAGGCAAAACGAAUGCAUGAACAGCAAACAUGCUGCAAAUACAGAAACCAUGCAACAACACAAACAUAUGAACCUCCAAAACAAAUACAACAGGAAAAAAGACAACACAACAGAAGUGCUCCAGGCCUCUAGGGGGAGCGCUACUUGUAAAACCCAUGGACUGUGUAUAAGCUAACGCUAACACUUGUUAUGUUUUCUGUUGCUCUUUUAUAAUAUUGUAAAAACUAUGGCCAAAUGUAAAAAAAGAACACAAACCUUUUAAAGUCAUCUCAUCUUUCUUCCCUCAUAUUCUCUUGCUUGGUCAAAGGUAAAAGGUCCAGUCGUAGGUCUGGCCUCUCAGUCGAAGCUCAAGCUUGUGCUCAAGGUGUUCCACUGAGAGCUCCCCCUAGAGGCCUGGAGCUCUUCUGUUGUCAAUAUGCAGUGGUUUUUCUGUUCCUGAGUUUUGUAUUGUUUCUGUAUUUGCAGCGUGUUUGCUGUUCAUGUAUUAGUUUUGUCUCCCUGCAGCACAUUGUCUCAUUUGUAGCAUGUUUCCGUUGUUGUAUUAGUUUUGUAUUUUCGUAUGUUUUUGAAUCUGCAUCUUUCUGAAAUUGCAGCUCAUUUCUCCUAAUGGAGGUGUUUUGGACCGUUGCAGCGCGUUAGCCUUUGUCAGCCACUGUAAGAUCUCCUUUCCAGACGUCCCCUGACCCCAUGACUUUGACCCUGUCGUAGUCCUCUAACCAAUCAGGAUUAAGGGUUAAAGGUCAUGGAGCGGGAUAAGUGGACAACCAUCUCUGAACAGAGGCCAACCAUACGACUGCGUGUUAGCAUGUGACCCAAGUUCCAUAUUUACUGUAGGUCACAUGAUGAUGUCUAAACUAACCCUAGGAAAACUGAGCAAAGUGCUGAUGAAGACCUUGAGGUGUGGUUGAAAGUCACGGGAGUGUACCUAAGUGUAAACUACUGUUCCCAAAAGAAUGGACUGUCCCAGUUCCUAGAGUUCUAAUGUUCCACUGUAGGUCACACACAGGUGAGUGAUAAGCAGGUCCGGACCGUCAUCUUUUCUUGUUCCUAUGAAAAUAAAAGACCUGCUGCUCA